AUGAUUUUCUUGGGCAAUUUUAAUGAUGGUUCAACUACACCAGAUUGGUCUACCCAACAACAAAAAAAUAAAUUUAUAUCAAAAAUUAUUUUGCUCAAUUCUAGUAGUCAAAUUGUUAAAGAACGUCAAGUUACACGUGAAAAACUCCGUUAUAAACAACAAGUAUUCCAGAAUUUACAACAAAGAGAUACUCAACAACAACAACAACAUCAGCAACAACUAUAUGAAAAUCAAUUGCAAGUUGUUGGGAUUGAAGUUGGACCUAAAAUUGGAAAUGCUCCAAGUGGAAGUAGUGGUGGUACAGGAUAUUUGUUUAAAUUGGCCCCAUUGCAAAAGAAUAAUAAUGAUCAAUUUCAAAGACGAGCAACGGAUAUCAAUUCUUUUAAAAAAGAUAUCAAUUCUUUUAAAAAAGAUGUCGAUAGUGAUAUGACAACGAGGUAUUUAAGCGAUAAAUAUUCCUCGAGUAAUAAACGAAUAUUACUUUUUAUAUUUAGUGCUAUGAACCAACGUGUGUACAAUAAUGUUUUGAAAAUGAAUAGUUCAACUAGCAAAUUUGUUCAGCAUUAUUGGAACAACAAUUUACAAAAGAAAACAAAUACAUUUUAUAUGGAAAAAUUAGAUAAUUCUCAAAAAGUCAUACCAAUCAAUUCACAAACACCCGAUACGGAUGGUAGUGACGAAGAUAUAAAUGCUCGUAUUGUAGGUGAGACUAGGGAUACUAAAACGACAUUACCACAAAUAACAAGAACAUUAAAUACCGUGGUUCAACAACCAAAUAGUAAUAAUGAGACUAAACAACAUCUUCACAAUUCUCAAUUUCAAUCAACAAAAACUGUGAUUAGUGGACACAAUAAUUCUUCUACGAAUGUGACGCAUCGAUAUCGAAAACAGCCUCAAAUCAUCAACAGACAAUUACCACCUAUACUCCAACGAACAACAACACAUAUAAACUCAGUAAAAUCAAGUGAUUCUACGACAAGAGUUAAACGAGAAGAUCGAAUAAAAGAUUUCCAUACACAAAAUCAUCAAAAUGAGGUAGCAAAACACAUCUUCAAUCGAACAACGAUACAACCAACACCUGUUCAUGUUUACACAAUAAAUUCUAUUCAAACUAAUGCCACAUCGCUAAUAACACCAUCGAAUGUCAAUAAUGAACUAGGAAAUUCAACGAGAGAUCGUAUGAUAAAAGCAAAUUUAAUUCAAAAAGCAACAUUUAAAUCGAAAUCACCCAUUAAUGAUUCAGAGAGUGCAUAUAGUCGCUCAAUGGCAACCACUACUGUCGAGCGAUCAAAGACUCCUAAUCCAUUCAAAGUUAGCGAGAAAUUGUUAUUAAGGCUUGGAUAUAUCUUACAUUUAACUUAUCCACAAUUGCAAAAAUGUUUACCGAAGGAUAUGGUGCGUGCACAAGAAACAUUUUUUAAAGUGGAAUUUUAUUCUACAGCUGUUAUGUUAGACAAAAUACAUCAUCAAGAUCCAACAUUGUGGCAGCUUCUUGACGAUGUUGACUUCAAUCACUAUCGCGAAGAUAUGUUAGAAUACAUUGUAAGUAUCAUCGAAUUUGAUGCACGUGAAAGAGAAAGUGUUCACAAUCUUACGCAAACAAUUCCGUUUGAUAGCCUAUUAUCAAUUAUAUCAUCUCGUACAAAUAAUUCAGAUUGGUCUCAUACAAAACAUACUUACGAUGAAUUUUUUCGUUUUAUUUCACAAUUGUCAUCUAAAUCAAACCCAACUCUUACAUACAUUUCUCGUCUUGAUUAUAUCUGCCACAUACCACUAUUUUUAUAUGUUGAGUCAUUGUUGGACAAUGCACCACCACUAUUUCGAUUUCGUGAAAAUUCUAUACUUGAUCUACAUAUGCAACGCUCAAAAAUCAUUAAUGAACACUUUUGA